AUGCCUCUUCCUUCGAGUUUCGCCUCUGCCGCUGCAGGCCAAAAUGCCAACCGUGACGCGAGAGCCGGCCGUGGUGAUGGACGUGGAGGUGCCGGAGGUGACUGGAUGGGGCGGCGUCUCCACCCCCUUGGGGCCAGAAGCGGUGGCAGACCCAACGGCACCCUCACCUUCCGCCGAUCCUCGACGACGCCAGGACAGACCUCCCACAGCGCGACGCCCUCCGAUCAAGCCUUUCCUCAGACGCCCCUGGAGCCCACGACGCCCUCGGUCGCUGGCGUAGCGAGCUACGAUUUCGCCUCACAACCCGCCCAGUACGCGAAGCAGUCCAUUCUCAACCUUUUCCAAGACGCCGCCACCCAGCAAGAGUCUUCCGAAGUCCUCGAACCUGGAUGGGCCCCUGGCCAUGCGAACGGUAACUCGUCACGUGGCUGGGGCAAGACCGGCCACACCCACGCCAACCAGGAUCCGAAUUCGUGUUGGCUUCCCGCCGCUUCGAACGGUCCCAACUCUUCGCGUCAUCUGUCUGCUGAGGAGAAGGAGGUGCGCUUGCCCGGCUCCAACAGAAGGAAGGCGCGCAGCAAGGGCGGCACCAACGGCCGGAAAACAUCCGUUUCGCAUGGGAGUGGCGGUCCUGGCUUCGGCGUCGCGUCGCCGACCUCCGCUUCUCGUCCGAGCACCCGCCGGCGCGAGACAACCGACUCGAAUCCUUUUGCUUCUGGAGGCGUCUCGUCCCCGGCCACGGCACGGUUUAACCGCGACGACAGCGGCUUCCUGUUUGGGCGCAAGGGAGGCGAGGCCAAGGACCAGGACCUGAGUGAAGAAGAAGGUGGCGCCCCCCCCAGUCGUGGAACACCCCAAGGCCGGGGUGGAUUCGGAGGCCUGAUGCGUAGCAACACAGCGGGAACUCCGAUUGCCGGCACCAACAUCAGUUCUCUGUGGGGGCAGUCGAACCCGCCGCCGCCGUCUUCGGGCAUGGGAAACUUUGGCCAGUUUGCCCUCCCGACGCCCACCGCGCUCGGGGGUAGCGUUCGUGGCGGCAGCCGCUUCGCGAAUCUGAUUCCUGGAAAAGAAGGCGCCGAGGAUGCGGGUGGCGCCAAGCAGGCCGAGACCCCUGGCGGCACCGCCGAUCGAUCGUGGCGCUCGCGCCCUCGGACUGAUACCGACCCCUUCGGCGACGACAGCCUCUCCGGCAGCGCUGCCCUCGGAGGGGCCAAGGAUACGAGUCCGCCCCCGAUGCCCAACCCCGCGACGAGCAACAUGGGAGUCUUCGAGACACCCGGUUUCCCCGGCGCCGCUUUCGGCAACUCGCUUUUCAACCCCAUGGGCGGCGAGCUCCAGUCUCCCGGCCUGUCCAGCAUUGGUGGUGGUGUCUUCGGCCCCCCGAGCGCUGGCGGCAUCGGUGCCACCGGCUCUCUCGGCCGCAGCAAGCUUGGCUCCCUCUUCCCUGCUGCGAUGCAGGCGCAGAUGCAGGGCCACGAGCAGCACGAGAACCUGAGCGACUCCCUUCCCGAUCUCCGCCAGAGCAACCCUCUUGGUGCUAUUGGCCGAAACAACUUUGCGCCCCAUCGCGAGACCGAGAGCCCCAUGCGCACCGGCCGCGGCGUCUUUGAGGAUCUGUUCCCCUCGUCCGCCGACAGCCGUGCCCACAACAACGUGUUUGGCACUCCUGGCGAGAUGCCCGGCGGCCCUCUCAGCGGCGGCCCGCAGUCGUACACCCCGAUCAACACGUCCACCUCGGACCUACCGUCUAACCAGCAGCGCCAGAUGGUCAUGCCUGAUCGUAUGAGAUGGGUGUACCUCGACCCUCAAGGUCAAAUCCAGGGUCCCUUCACCGGCCUCGAGAUGAACGACUGGUACAAGGCCAACUUCUUCACGCCGGAUCUGCGCGUCAAGAAGGUCGAGGACUCCGAUUUCGAGCCCCUUGGCCAGCUGAUCCGGCGCAUCGGCAACUCCCGCGAGCCGUUCCUCGUCCCCCAGAUUGGUGUUCCUCACGGCCCCCCUUCCGCCAACGGUCCCUUCUCGCCUGCCACUCCCGGUGGCGUCGUCCCUCCCCUCAGCGGCCUUUUCCCCAGCUUUGGCCGUACCCUCACCGCCGAAGAGCAGAACAACCUCGAGCGUCGCAAGCAGGAGGAGCAGUUCGCCAUGGCCCAGCAGCGCGAGGUCAUGAUGCGUCAGCAGGCCAUCACCAGGAUUCAGCCAGGUGGUAUUCAGGGCUCCCUGCACCACCAUUCCAGCGCUCACAGUCUGCAGAGCCAACCUAGCUUCGACAGCAUCGCCUCCCCCAUCGGGGCUCCCCUCCAGCACGCCCCGCGACCAGCAACAUGGCUCCCGGGUCUGGAUACUACUCCCCCCCCCCCCAAAGCUGACCGAGCAGGAAAAUCGACGAGGGCCCAGCUCCUCUCGCUGACGCAGCAAGUUCAGAAGGCUCAGGCGGCCGCUGCUAAGUCGGCGACCUCUGGCCUGCCCAUGCCGUUCCCGCCGCCCAUCCCGCAGUCCGGCACGCCUCUCCCCGCUCCCACGGCGCAGAGGGUGCGGUCGGGCCUCCCCGAGCAGUACAACCGCUCGCAGAGCGGCACGCCUGACACGUCUUCUCCUCAAGGAGAUCCAGGAGAUGGAGGCGCGCACUGCUGCCAAGGCCGAGGAGGCCGCCGCCGCCGCCCGCAAGCAGGCUCUCGAGAUGGAGGCCGCUUCACUCCGCGAGCGCGAGAAGGCCACGGCCCUUGCCACGGGCCUGCCGACCACGAGCACCUGGGGCAACGGUUCGCGCCGUGGCUGCCGCCAGCCCGUGGACCAAGCCCGGACCGGUCAAGGUCGGCGCCCGGCAUCAACCUGACGCUCAAGCAGAAGACGCUGGCCGACAUUCAGCGCCGAAGAGGAGCACGCAAGGAGAAGGCGCUGCCGCCCCGUGCAGUCGAGGCUUGUUUCGGCCGCGGCAAAGCCUACGCCGAUCUUCGCUCGCACCGGUUGCCGCAAGCCGCCGGGUCUCGCGCAGCAGGGUGCUCCUGCUGCUGCUGCCGGCGCCCCCGUCGGCCCCGGCUGAGCGACCGUCGGUGCCGGCGGCAAGGUCAAGCGCCGGGCGGCGUGGCUGUCGCGCAGUCGCCGGUGCGCUCGGUCAGCACGACCAACGUCAAGCCCGUGUCGUCGACGCCCAAGCCCGUGGUCACGCGGCCCGUCGCCAGCAGCGUCAGUGUGGCCGCUGGCAAGACGGACGCGGCCAUGGACGAGUUCAACAAGUGGCUCAACCGGGAGCUCACGCGGGGCGGCAUCCACGGCGUGGACAUCGACACAUUUGCCGCCAUGCUCAUGAUCCUGCCGGCGGAGACGUCGGUGAUUGCGGACGCCAUCUACGCGAACAGCAAAACUAUGAAUGGCGCUCACUUUGCGGAGGAGUUUGUGCGGCGCAAGAGGCGGGCCGACCAGGGCAUCGUCGAGAAGCAGCCGACGUCGGCGGGCGGCGAGAGCAAGACGGCGGCGUCGAGCAGCGGGUGGAGCGAGGUCGCCAAGAAGAGCGGCGCCAAGGAGGCGGGCGCUCCGACGGCCGAGACGAACAUGCAGGGUGCCGCGUUCAAGGUUGUGUCGGGACGCAAGAAGGGGUCGAAGAAAUGA